UUUUAUACUUAUAAAUUUAAUUUAUGAAAUAUUCACAUUUGAAAAUAAUGAGUAUAAUAAAAUUGUUGUUGAGGGUGGAGAACAGGCCCUUCUGAAACUACUUAAGGAUUUUAAUGAAAUAAAGACAACAAUGCAUGAAAUUAAAGUACAUAUUCAAGAUAAACAAGAACUCAACGAAGCCAAAAAUAAAGAUUUGCCAAUAUUUGAUAUACGCGUUGAUACUUUACCCAAAAAAUGCCAAAGUGAUUCCCUACCCAAAGAUUGUGCUGAGGCCACGGCUUGUACUCAUCGCAGUGGUUUUUAUAAAAUACAACUUCCACCCUAUACUGAACCGCCAUUUUACGUUGAGUGUGAUGCGAAAACUGAAGAUGGUGAUUGGAUUGUUAUACAAAGACGUCAAGAUGGUUCCGUUAAUUUCUAUCGUGAUUGGAAUGACUAUGAAAAGGGUUUUGGUGAUAUAGACGGAGAAUUUUUUAUCGGUUUAGAAAAGUUAUAUGCUUUAACUAAUAACAAUGGUCCCCAAGAGUUGAUGGUGCUCAUGGAGGAUGUAAAUCAGAAGACAGCUUAUGCCAAAUAUGAUGCCUUUGCUAUUGCAAAUGCUUCGGAAAUGUAUAAAUUAAAGAAAUUGGGAAAAUAUUCUGGCACCGCCGGAGAUUCCCUACAACAAUCGGUCGGUUUUAAAUUUACAACAAAGGAUCGUGAUAACGAUAAUUCUAAAGAAAAUUGUGCAGUAACAUAUAUUGGAGCCUGGUGGUAUAAUGCUUGUCAUUGGAGUAAUUUGAAUGGACAUUAUGGUGACAAUGAAUUUGGCAAGGGUAUCAAUUGGAAAACUUUCACAACAUUUACCGCUUCUCUGAAGUUUGAUCAAAUGAUGAUACGUCGUCGUAGAUUUUAGUUUAUAAAAUAAAAAAAUUACAAAUAUACUAUAGUCUAUAGUAUAGUCUAAAGCCUAGUAUAUAGUCUAGUCUAUACUCUUGUUUAUAGUUUAGUCUAUUGUUUCGUCUAUAGUCUGGAAUAUAGCUUUUUAUUAAUUUUUAAAUUUCUCAAUUUAUAAUUGAUAAGAAAUUUGUGGGAUUCCCAUAAAAGAUCUGCUCAUACAUAUGUAUUUAAAAAAAAUCGUUUUUAUCAAUAUAUGUUUGUAAAAACAUAAUUGGCAAUCAAAAAUAACACCAUUUCCAUACACAAAAAAUUCACCACUAAAAAUUUUUUACUGGCUUAUCGAAAUCAUAAUCUAAAAUUCUUUAUUUAAUAAAAAAAACCUUGUAGCCAUUUAGAAUAUACUUAAUCUUUAAGCAAUUGAUAGUAUUCGCCAAUUUCUUUCGUUAUUGUAAAUGGUGUAAAUAUAAUCAAGCAAAUUAUUGCGAAUAUAUUUAAAAAAUAUUUUAUAAA